CUUGUUAUUUUUUGUUUUGCAAAUUUGUUUAUACCAGAGACAUAAAAAAUGUUACCAAAUCAACUUAAACUCCGAAGUUCUUAUCUUCAGCUCCGCCGAGUGACCAAAGAAGAAGACGUUGACAGCGAUGAGGCUACGACAACCAACCGAAAUUUACAAAGUAAACGACGAAUUAGUUUUCGUGACAAAAAAUCUGUGCGAGUAUUUCAAAUUACGGAGCAAACACUUACGUACGACAAGUCCUACGAAUUGUCCGAUCACACAAAUGGCGAGGAAAGUGCUACAGCAGAAUCAGCAGCUAAUUCGGCAGGAGCAGCAGCAGUGUCCCUAUUUACCUCGUCGGAUAAGGAGAAUGUUCCCCUAAGUUCCUUUCAAGUGGAUUCCACAUUCAAUUUUCACACUAGUAUUGAUAUAACUUUGUUGCCCAAUGAACUAAAGAGAAGGUGUGGUAAUGAUAAAGCUGCUGUCGUUGUCCAUGAAUCGCUAAAGGAACCCCUCACAGGCAGCAGUUUGUGUUUAUCACCAGCAAAACAAGAUCAACUGAGGAAUAAUCCUUUAAAGCCUUCUAUAUUCGAUAAAACCGUGGAUCUUUUUCCGGAAGACAUAAGAUCGUCGCAAAAGCAAGGGGAUCAAUCGCUCGCCGUUCCACCAGUUUCAAAACACCAUCCUUCAAUUAUAUCACCAUUGGGCGUAUCUAAACUACCAUCUUUCGAAAUCGAAAAUGAAGACACUACGCCAUUGAAAAGUCUCAGUCAAUCUUCUGGUUCAAUAAACAAUUCAUUUGACAGUCCAGAAUUGUGGAAUGAUCAACAUCUAGGGUCACCAUUGAUAUCGAUGGACAUGAUUUCGGUUCAAGGUAUAAGAGCGCCAAAGAAUUUUAGACAAUUGAAUGAGGCAAUAGAAGCUGGCAAAAUUUGCGUUUGUCCAGAUGGCCCUAAAACGCCGUCUACAGAUAGAAAAGCUAGAAAUCCUAAAUUCCUGACAGACUUUGGGCAGGAAAACGGAGACCAGGAUAUCCACGAGAGUUCCCUCAGCAAAGUUCGGCCAAGGCCAAAAUUGAACUUUGAUGAAUCUGCUAUAGUGUCAAGCCCUGCUCCAGUUAUAAUUCCUUCUGCUUUACCGAAACACAAGCUAAAAUAUCGUUACUCCCAGGCGGAUGAGAUAUUAUUAGACAAUACAAAUUUUCUGGCCCACGCAAAGUUGGGCGAUGAAACAGAAUCCUGCAAUAGUUCAAGUCACGCGGAAUUGCCAGAUAUCAGCAACAAUAAUUCCAAGCUGGAAAUAGAGCAUUUAAGACAAAAGGCUCAUUUCCAUGCUAAGAACGUGAAAAUCCCAAAAGCCGAAUUGGAGAUGCAAGCCAAAUAUACAGAAAUCAUGUCGCUGCUUCAAAUGGAAGAAUCCGUGGAAAAAGAUAAUUUAAUGAGUUCAUUCAGAGAAUUGCAAUUAAAUUCUGAGCAUUCCAUGAGACAUUUCGCAACCGGGAUAACGAUUGACAAAGGCGAAGCGAUUCCAGAAGAACAGUCUCAAAUUACCGAGCAAUUAAGGAAGAAGCAAAUACAAAACUAUGCAGAGAACAAGCAAAUAUCCAACUCCAUAAUGGAUUUAGACGAAUCGAUUAAAAAUAUUGAUCAUGCUUCGUUUAAAAAGGAUAGUAAUAAAUUAAGCCACACGGCGCUACUAGCAGAAUCUAUAAAGGACUAUGAUCAAACGGACAAGGAUUAUUUAACUGGAAUUUCAAAAUUGAAAAACACUUUGCAAUUAGCCACUACCAUGGAAGAGAGCUUACGUAAUUUAAGCCCAGUUUCCACGGCAAAUCCCAUAACAAUGCACCAAAGAUCCAAGGCCAGGAGUACUAUGCUUAUGUCAGAAGCCAUAGAACUAGAUGCAGCGGCUAGACAUAAAGGUUUGACAGAACCUAUAAAGAAUGAUUUGACGACAACUAUUUCCGAAAAUCCUGUCACCAAACUUCAAAAACCCAAACCCAGGAGUACUUUACUGUUGUCAGAGGCAAUUGUGGAAGACACAGUGGUGUCGCAAAGGAAUUUGCCGGCUAUUGUGUCAACUGGAGGUAUUAAGUGCAGACCUCGAAACACUUUAAUCUUAACAGAACCCAUAGAAGAAGACUUGGAUGUUGUGAAACAUGAUGGUCCGGAUGUUCCAGUUGCUAACCACAAAAAAUCCAGAGCCAGGAGUACUUUGCUAAUGUCUGAAGCCAUAGAAGAGGAUACAGACGUGUCUCCUAAGGAUUGCCCAGAUAAUGCCGCAACAGGAUAUCUUAAAUCCAAAGCCAGGAAUACUUUACAUUUGACAAAACCUAUGGAGGAGGACUGCACAACUUCUUGUCAAAAUAUGCCGGAAGUUCCAUUAACCAAAUAUCAAAAACCUAAAUCCAGAUCUACUUUGCUUAUGUCGGAAGCUAUAGAAGAAGACACAGUUGCCUCUCAUAUGAAUACAUUGGCUAUUGGCCCAACUGGAGGUGUUAGGUUUAAAGCUCGAAACACUUUGCUCUUGACAGAACCAAUAGAAGAAGACUUGGAUCUUGUGAGACAAGAUGAUCCGGAUGUUCCAGUUGCUAACCACAAAAAAUCCAGAGCCAGAAGUACUUUGCUUAUGUCUGAAGCCAUAGAAGAGGAUACAGACGUGUCUCCUAAGGAUUGCCCAGAUAAUGCCGCAACAGGAUAUCUUAAAUCCAAAGCCAGGAAUACUUUACAUUUGACAAAACCUAUGGAGGAGGACUGCACAACUUCUUGUCAAAAUAUGCCGGAAGUUCCAUUAACCAAAUAUCAAAAACCUAAAUCCAGAUCUACUUUGCUUAUGUCGGAAGCUAUAGAAGAGGAUACAGUUGCCUCUCAUAGGGAUACACCGGCUAUUGGCCCAACUGGAGGAGUUAAGUUUAAAGCUCGAAACACUUUGAUCUUGACAGAACCUAUAGAAGAAGACUUGGAUGUUGUGAGACAAGAUAAUCCGGAUGUUCCAGUUGCUAACCACAAGAAAUCCAGAGCCAGAAGUACUUUGCUUAUGUCUGAAGCCAUAGAAGAGGAUACAGACGUGUCUCCUAAGGAUUGCCCAGAUAAUGUCGUAACAGGAUAUCUUAAAUCCAAAGCCAGGAAUACUUUACAUUUGACAAAACCUAUGGAGGAGGACUGCACAACUUCUUGUCAAAAUAUGCCGGAAAUUCCAUUAACCAAAUAUCAAAAACCUAAAUCCAGAUCUACUUUGCUUAUGUCGGAAGCUAUAGAAGAGGAUAUAGUUGCCUCUCAUAGGGAUACACCGGCUAUUGGCCCAACUGGAGGAGUUAAGUUUAAAGCUCGAAACACUUUGAUCUUGACAGAACCUAUAGAAGAAGACUUGGAUGUUGUGAGACAAGAUAAUCCGGAUGUUCCAGUUGCUAACCACAAGAAAUCCAGAGCCAGGAGUACUUUGCUUAUGUCUGAAGCCAUAGAAGAGGAUACAGACGUUUCUCCUAAGGAGUGCCCAAAUAAUGCCGCAACAGGAUAUCUAAAAUCCAAAGCCAGGAAUACUUUACAUUGGACAAAACCUAUGGAGGAGGACUGCACAACUUCUUGUCAAAAUAUGCCAGAAGUUCCAUUAACCAAAUAUCAAAAUUCUAAAUCCAGAUCUACUUUGCUUAUGUCGGAAGCUAUAGAAGAGGAUAUAGUUGCCUCUCAUAGGGAUACACCGGCUAUUGGCCCAACUGGAGGAGUUAAGUUUAAAGCUCGAAACACUUUGAUCUUGACAGAACCUAUAGAAGAAGACUUGGAUGUUGUGAGACAAGAUAAUCCGGAUGUUCCAGUUGCUAACCACAAGAAAUCCAGAGCCAGGAGUACUUUGCUUAUGUCUGAAGCCAUAGAAGAGGAUACAGACGUGUCUCCUAAGGAUUGCCCAGAUAAUGUCGUAACAGGAUAUCUUAAAUCCAAAGCCAGGAAUACUUUACAUUUGACAAAACCUAUGGAGGAGGACUGCACAACUUCUUGUCAAAAUAUGCCAGAAGUUCCAUUAACCAAAUAUCAAAAUUCUAAAUCCAGAUCUACUUUGCUUAUGUCGGAAGCCAUAGAAGAGGACACAGAUGCCUCUCAUAGGGAUACACCGGCUAUUGGCCCAACUGGAGGUAUUAAGUGCAGACCUCGAAACACUUUAAUCUUGACAGAACCUAUAGAAGAAGACUUGGAUGUUGUGAGACAAUAUGAUCCGGAUGUUCCAGUUGCUAACCACAAAAUUCCUCCCACUAAACAUCAAAAACCCAAUCACAGGAGUACUUUGCUGUUGACAGAACCCAUAGAAGAGGACAGGAAUAUUAUGAAGCAAGAUGAUCCGAAUGUUUCAGUUACAAACCACAAAAAAUCCAGAUCUAGGAGUACCUUGCUUAUGUCAGAAGCCAUAGAAGAGGAUGCAGUGAUGCAGGGUUUACCAGCUGUUGUUUCACAUGGAAAUCUUGAAUUCAAAGCCAGGGAUACUUUACUUUCAACGGAACCUAUGGAAGAAGACUUGAUGACUUCCAGUCAAAAUAUUUCUAAGAUUCCGAUCAUCAAACAUCAAGUAUCCAAACUCAAUAGUAGUCUACUAUUGGCAGAGGCCAUCAAAGAAGACACAAAGGCUUCUCAUAAGGAUUUGCCAGAUACUAGCCCAGCAGGAUAUCUUAAAUCCAAAUCCUGGAAUACUUUACUUUUGAAGGAACAGGUAGUUAGCCAAAAUAUUCCCAAGGUGCCAUUGACCAAACAUCAAAAACCCAAAGCACGGAGUACUUUACUUAUGUCAGAACCCAUAGAAGAGGACAGAGAAGCUUCACCUAAGAGUUUCAACAUUGUUGAGUCGUUUUCUGAAUUAGAUAUACCAACGGUUGAACCCGGAAUACAGGUGGAAAAUAGGCAUGUAUUAAUACCAACAGAAGCAUCAAUGGUGACUUUAGGUAAGGAUUUCAAUAAUGCACACACUUCUCUCAUGUCAGGGGAAGUUGAAAAAAGUAGAACUAUUCAUCAGAAAUUGUCAAUUAAACACAAAAUGUGCAGUGCUAGUCUAGGUCGGCACAUAGACAUGGAUGUGGUAAACACGCCGCCAAAUAAAGCUAAGCGAGCAUGCUUUGCAAUAACUCCAUGUCGAUCUCUGAUCGAGUUUGAAAAUGUUGAAGAAGAAAUGGCAGUGGAUAGCUCACGUCAAGUGCCAACUCGCAGGAAUCCACUGCCGAAGACUCCAAUGGCAAGAGUCAAGAGAUUACACUCACAAUUGACUCCAAAUCUUCCACAAUCUAAGAAGCGUCUUGCGCAAUUUAAUGAGCCCAUUACCAUUGAUCAAGACAAGGAAUUUAAUGUGGAUGAGACUGUACAAGUUUUGCGGUGUGCUAGAAGUCGAAGACUUUACGAAGAUGCUGCCACAUUACCAGACAACUACAUUACCAUUUCUGAUGUCUCCAACUAUUUUGAGAUCCAAAGAAUGCGGGAUCAGGAGCAAGAAAAUGAGAAGGAAGAACCGAAGGAGCAAUCGCGAAGAGAUGCUAUGGAAGGAGAGAUGAUUCCAAGCGAUGGCAUCCAGACAUACAAUAAAUUUAUUAACAUCACCGGUGACACUAUAGUUAUUCCUCUACUAGAUGAAUCUUCGCAACAAGAAAUAGAUGAAGUCCGAUUAAGUUUGGUUUCCAACCUGAUAGACGAGGAGGUUGAUAAAGAUGAAUCAGAACAAGAUGUUGGUCCAGUACCAGCAUCUACGACAGUAGACGGUGAUGUGUGUUUGGAAAUGACAUUAGAUCGACCAAUAGCUGCUGGGACAAGUUCCUCCUGCCGAAAAUGCCAACAUUGCCGUCGAUCACUGAGCAGUACCAUCAUCACCGAAGAAUCCUUUGUCCUGUCACCUAUAAAAAAUUUAAAACUAAUUGGCAACUUGGAACAGUUGGAACGACUACGUGAAAAGCCGCAUUUAAAUGAGAUUCAUACAUAUUUUGAACUUAAAGAGUGUGAGCUAAAUUAUAGUAGCAUAGGUCUACCAAGGGCAGAGCAAACAGAAUUGGAGGAGGCAUCGAGUUAUAACGUCCAAAGCCUAAAAUGUCACGAAAUUAUGCAAUUGUUUCAGGAUCUUCCGCAAAGACGUAAAAUUGAAGACGAAAUUAUUUAUCAUGAAGACAUUUUUGAAAGCAUCGGACGUCGACUAGCGACAGGGCAACUCCAAUGGAUAUUUGACCAUCAAUUAAGAGUGUCAAGGAAAAUGCUUUUUACUCAUCGACAAUAUGCCCACGUUUUCCGUAUAGGGAUGACUUACGAUUCUUUAGAUAAUUCGGAUACGGGAAUACGUAUAACCGCCAUUCAGUUGGAGCCCACUAGGCCUCUUUCGAACUGGCUUCCAUUAGAUUAUGUUUUACAUUUUCAAUUGGGUCUAAAGCUACCAGUCAAGCCACUGGAUUUUCUAGGAGGUCAUGAUGUUGAGUCUCUGAUCAUAUUUUUGAAGCAAAUCAAUCAAAUUUGCCUAGACAUUAGGAAACGAGUCGGUCAAAUGGCUAAAAUAAUAUCAUCCACUAUAUCUACACUUAUUAGACAAGAACAUCGAACAGUAAUAAGUAAAACAUCAUUCAUAACUUCCCCAAUUAACUCUGAUGGGAUAUUGCAAAUACAAGAAAAAGUUUUCAUGGUCGAAAUAACCAACUUGGAGGAGAUCUCCUUUAAAGAUAUAGUACAACCGCAAUUACAUUUGUUCGAUAAGAACAUUCAGUUUUUGCCCAAGGGCGUGGCCUUCCUUGAAGCGUUUCUGCCGAAUCCAGAAAAAUAUUUAAAGCAGAACGGCAACCAGUGAUCCAUACGAAUAAAAUGUCUAUUUAUUAAUUUUAAACAAAUAUUUACUAAUUAUUGACUAUUAUUACAAAUAAAAAAUAAAUAAACAUUUAUCAUAUCUUUUUAGACUGCAA